AUGAAAGAAUUAGGUCUAAGACUGGUGAAUUAAACAGGGUGUCGCCCGAAACCUACAAGGAAGUUAUCAAGGAUGCAUUAAUACAUUUCGUGCUGCCUGGCUGCCAUAUUCCUUGACGUUACAGUUUUAUAAAUAGAUAAGUAUAAAUUGGCCGCUGUAUAAAUGGUUUUGAAUUUCAAAUAGAGUUAAAACGGUCCAAACGGUCUUAUAUAAAACGUGAACAUGUGGAAAUCCGUUUUUGUGACCAUUCUUGUCUUUUCUUUGUCCAAUGGAAACAUAUUGAAUGAGAAAUAUGGCAUCCAGAAAGCAAUUACUAUUGGUCCUGUGAGACACUUUUUACAAGAAACAACGAGAUUUGAACCAUUUAAAGUACCAUCUCUUUCAAUAAUCAAGAUACUUAAAAAAGAUUCGGAAAAUGAAAUGAAUUUAAUAAUGGAAGGAAAUUUAGAUGCCCAAAAAAGAGGCAUCGAUACGCCGGACGGUAACACGACUUCAAUGUUUGGACCACAUCUAAUUACACGAAAGGAAUCAGUUGUUGUACACCAACAAGGAUUUUUUUAUGGAGACAUUGUGCAUCGUGCGAUAGAAUAUGCAACUGGAGAUUACAUUAUCACCACUAGACACCAAGAACCGGUAACUACGACUACAUCUGGAAAAGAUACUACGGUAACUAUGACUACAUCUGAAAAAGAAAAGGCGACAACUCCAUCGCAAAAUACCAUUCCAACAACGGAGAAAGAAUUACAACGAGGCAAGCGAAGUACAAAAGUAUUAUUGUCAGAAACAGACAGGGCACAGAUAGAUCGGUUCAUAUCAGAACUCCCAGAUCCAAGACUCUUAGAUCUUCCCUGUCCUUUUAGUUUCAUUGAAUGUAGCGCAUCUGCGAAAUACCGGACUAUUGAUGGAUCGUGUAAUAACCUGGACCAUCCGUAUUGGGGGAAAUCAUUCACUCCAUUUGACAGAUUCUUAAAACCCGAAUUUGCUGAUGGAGCACAAGAACCAAGAAAAUAUGGCAAACUGAAUGUACCAUUAGAGGGUCCACGUGAGAUUAGUAACUUUGUACACACCACAAGCACACUUGCCGAUCUGGAUCCACCAAUUAGCUCCUAUAUGAUGACAUUUGGGCAAUUCCUGGACCAUGAUAUAACAAAAACAGCUUUAUCUAAAGGAGCAUAUCCUUUUAAUUUAGACUGUUGUAAUCCUAAUAGACAACAGAAUCCCAGGAACCCAGAUUGCUUCACGUUUACUAUACCUGGUGACGAUCCUUACCAUCGGGAUAUACUCGGAAACAAUAGAAGAUGCAUGAAUUUUGUCAGGUCUCAAGCGGCAUGUGACCUUGGUUGUAAUUUUGGUUAUCGAGAACAGUUUAAUGAACUGACACAUUACAUCGAUGGUUCUGGUGUUUAUGGUUCUACUGUUGCAGAGUUAAAUACAUUGAAAGACCCUAAUGAUAAUGGAAUGAUGUUGGUUUCGUCGGAUGAUAAGCUGCCACUUGACUUCAAUGAUCCUAGUUGUACCUCGGAUAUGAAUAAGGCAUGCUUUAGAGCAGGUGAUGUACGGGCCAAUACACAACCCGCGCUCAGUUCCCUACACACUAUCUGGGUACGAGAGCACAACCGAAUUGCCCAGCAUUUCAAAAAUAGCCCCGAAUGUUACAAUUGGACUGGACAACAAAUUUUCGAGGAAACUAGACGCUACGUUGCGGCUGAAAUUCAACACAUCACCUAUAAUGAAUUUUUACCAAAACUACUAAGUGAGGAAAUCCGUGAACAGUUUGGUUUGGUACCAUUAUGGGAUGGGCAUUUCACUGACUAUGACCCAACCGUGCGGCCAAUGAUCCGAAAUUCAUUUUCAACGGCAGCAUAUAGAAUGGGACAUAGUUUAAUAAGGGAUAAGUUUAUCUUUCCCAACAGUGAGUUUGACCUUCACGUGCAUUUGAACAAACCGGACUUAUUAUACGAACCGAGUGGAAUAGAACGUUGUACACGAGGUAUGUAUGAAAAUCACGCACAAAAAAUAGACGAGAAGAUGACGAGAGAAAUCACUUGGAAACUGUUUGAAACAAUGGCAGGAAAUGGCGGGGAUUUGGCAUCUUUCAAUAUUCAGCGAGGUCGUGAUCAUGGACUUCCGCCAUACACUACGUGGCUACACUGGUGCACAGGGAAAACGGUCAAAGCUGACAAUUUUAACCCAGGUGUAGAAGGUGGUCUUUUUUAUCAUAGUUUAAAUGCCGCGAAAAAACUGAAUAAAGCUUAUGCAUACACUUGUGAUAUAGAUUUGUUUCCUGGAGGUAUAUCGGAAGAUCCUUUACCAGGCAGCAGAUUAGGGCCAACAUUUACAUGUAUACUAGCUUUACAGUUUAGAGCUCUUAAAUAUGGUGAUAGAUUCUUCUAUGAGGGGAAUACUCCACUGAAUCCGCAUCCAUUUACACCACAAGAACUUGAAGGUUUCCGCCCAAUAACAAUGGCAAAGAUAAUAUGUGAAAAUACUAAUAUUGAACAAAUACCACAAGAUGUAUUUUUAGAACCUUCAGAAAGCAAUCCAUUUCGAAAUUGCUCCGAUCUUCUCGAUAUCUGUUUCCCUAAGAAUGGUGGAUGGAGCGACUGGAAAGAUAGUUGUUGUAGUAACUGUUGUACCAGACAACAAUACCGAUCAUGUGACAAUCCUCCGACAAAUGAAUGCGGGAAACCAUGUGAAGGAUACGAUUUCAGAUACCAAAACACGUGUCCCUAUGGCGAAGGAAAUGGAUGAUGCUGUCAAUACGGUGGUGGUCAUUAAGAUGGAGGAAGCUAUCAUUUUCAUAACCAUCACGAUGGCCAUUAGUUUCUUCAUCUUGUAAACAGUAGAUUGAGAUAAUUAUUUUCAAAAAUCUAUAGUAAGAUUAAACACUUUAUAUAUCAUUUGUUAAUUUUAACCACUUUCAUUUUAAACUAUAAUUUUCAUAAUUUUAGACAGGUAACGAUAUAAAGUCACAUUUUGGGAAAUAGGAAUUAUGUAAUUGUGCUAAAACUAGGUUUGUAACUCUAUCAAGCAAAGCUGACCAUAGAUAAUUUUGGUUUUUCUUUUUACACCUCUUUGGUUUUUAAGCUCCCUGACGUAUUAUAUUUUUGACUUUUCAAUCUUUGAGUCAAGCACGUAACUGAUAAAGAUUAUUCUAGAAACACGUGUUGGUUGCAAGGAAAUCAUAUCAUUUGGUUCCUCUUAGAUUUUUUGGAAACCUUUUGUGACCUGACAGCUUUGUGUGAACCAGACUGAAACAUAUGACAUAGAAAAACCUUAUUUUAGCUAACCAAUGAAUAUUAAACUGUUUUCAAUGUGACUGAAUGGGUCUCAAUUCCUGGGCUGAAAGCGAAACCAGAAGCGUAACUUUCAUUGCCUCAUUGCCUCACUAAAUUUUUUACCAAAACAAUUAAUAAGAAGAUAAAAUGUACAAUUUGUGAUAAAAGAUACAAUGUUGAUACAAAUAUCGGUUAGCAAGGGACAGACACAUGUAUAAUAGAUACCACUAAAACUGACAUUAUUAAGAUCCCGUUUUCAUUGAAAACACAUUUGUUACGUUUGGUCGACGUGUUGUAUGACGCAGAUUUAAUUCAUACGGAGGCUUUAAAAAAAGAAUGCAAAAUGAAACUAGCUGCAUUAUCUUUUGAUUUCACUUUUACCCCUAUACUUAAACGGGUCUCUCACUAAAUAACUAAAGUUUGGUGAGUAUGUUGAUCGCAACUAUCCCUUUCAACUUGAAAUAAACUAUACCAAAUAUAUAGUGAAGUCUGUUUCUUAUCUUGACUUAUAGAUAUUUGACAGAAUGGCUAUGACAAACGAGCUGAUUUUUAUUUGCACAUUGUAAUCAUUCCAUUUCUGUAUUGAAACAUUAUUAAGGCACCAUAAUAUGGAGUACAUAUCUCCCAGUUUAUAUAUAUAUUCAACAGCUUAUUUUUCUCAUUAAAAUUCAUGAAAUAGAUUUACUGUUUCCAAUGGAGUUGCAAAACCAGGGGUUCUUAUUGUAAAUUUUUCGGCAACACAUUUUUCUGACGCCACAGUCAUGGAAUAUUUGUUUCGCAUUUGGCCAAGGAUGUUUAAUUGUAUCCACAACGCUGUCUUCUCAAAGUUAUGGCAUCAUGAUAACCGGUUUUUGAUUGCUUUGAGCAUCACGAUGGGUGGCAUUUCAAAUGUAUGAGCAUUAUUUAACUAACUUUAGUAAUUGUGUCGGUCUAAUCUAAACGUUUUGAAUAUGUUAAAAUCAAAUUGAAUGUUUUAGUCUAAAAUUUUUACCUAUAUUUUACAGUGUUUUAUAUCAUGAUUUGCGUAACAUACCUAUUCGAUUUGUCAAUUAUUUUUCUUUGUGUAUGCUUAGUCAUGUUUUUCGAUUCUUCUUUUGCUGAUUUCUUAUUUCAGUACGAUUAAUUAUUGUAAUGAAUAUUACUUAACAAACUUCUAAUAUUUUCGUUUUUAAAAAAGAUAAACUGUAUGAAAUAUUAAAACUGUACAAAGAUA